AUGACUUUCGUAUUAUCAUAUUUAAGAUGGAAGCAACCUGGAAGGCUGGAAGGAGUCUCAUACGUACUCAUAGACAUACAUGCAUUGACCCCAACAUCUGUUCUCCCUCCACGGACUCUCUAUCCAUUUGACUCAUCUCUAUCUAUGGCUACAAGUGAUGGAACCUCUCGUGACGAUUAUUCAAAUAUGAGUGUGACUAACAGUACGUUGGUGGUGGCAGGAUCAGCGAUAGGGAGCAUAGGAGUUGAAUACCAUGGUGCGAUUGGAGAAGAUUAUGAUGUUGAUGGUGUAUUGCAUCCUUCCCUAUCGCCUGUACGUGGUAGAAAUGGGAGGGAGGUGGUGGUGCCGACGAGAAACGUGAAGAAAGAGGAGGUUGAAUCGAAGAUAAUCGCAUGGAAGAAUGGUGUAUUGCAUCCUUCCAAGAUAUCCGAGAUUACUAACAUGUUCAAGUGUGAGGAUGCUAUAAUAAAAGGGUGGGAGAGCGAGAAGGUUCAGAAGGCUACUUUAAAGAUGAAGCAAAUCGAAAGGAAACUGGAUGAGAAGAAAGCUAGAGCGAUGGAAAAGAUGGAAAACGAGAUUGCUAAAGCACAUCAGAAAGCAGAGGAAAGGAGGGCGUCUGCUGAAUCAAUAAGAGGAACGAAGAUGGCUAGGGUUCUUGAAGUGGCUAACUUGAUGAAAGCUGUUGGAAGAUCUCCUGUUAAGAACUUCUUUUAGGUCUCAUUAUAAUUGAUUUUAAAGAUGGGGUUGUGUAGAAAUUUGUGUAAUAAUUAAGUGCCCCAUAGUUAAUUACGAGUUUCUUGGGAAUGUUUAGUAGCAAAGAGUUUGCUUCAUGUGUGGUGGAAGUUGGGACUUUUCGAUUGUUUGCACAAUUGUGCCUUAUCCUAUA